GACCAGAAACGACCUGGGCAAUGGACUUGAUUCCUCCCCGCUCCGUUGGCAAUAACGUCACUCCUGGAGCUGGGACCAUUUCGAGCCUUUCUUUUUUCCAUUUCGCCGAGGAAAAGAGCGAGAAACCGCGGACCCCGCGCAAUCGUUCUAGUGUCCGGGUCUCGUCCCGACCCAUUUAAUAUUGUUAUUUGUUCAGUGAACCGUUUUGGAACACCCACAACUUAGAAAGCCUUACCAAGGAUACGUACUGAUCUUACAACAUCCUGGAACUGAAGGAUUAUCCUCCAGCAUAUGAAGAGAUAACAGAUGAUGUGGUGGAAGUAGAGAGGGAGUGAGAAGAAUGACCAUUGCUGGAGGUGAUUUCUAAAAAAGGAGUUUAGAAGGAGGCGAUGGCGACGAGCAGCGGAGGCGGCGAACACCGGGGCCACCGGAGGCAGGAGAGCAUGUACGCCAUGACCGGCUUGUACAGCGAGCCUUCCGAGGGAGAAGCCGGGCCGAGCAUACCACCAGCAGAACCACCACCGACGACACACGUCAAGUGCCAUUCACGCAACCCCUCUUCCGGCAUCGUCGACAGUGAGAGGGCAAAGACGGAAGCGAAAGAGCGCGCCCACGCGACGUUCGCCGAAGUGGCAGCCAUCCUCCCUCAGGACAUAAGAGACUGCGGCAUCCUCGCCUGUAGACCAUUCCUCAUCCAAGGCUGUGCAAAUAUCAAAGUUUUCGUUUUAUUACUAUCAUUUCUGGUGACGCUGCAGCAAGCCCUGAGUUCCGGCUAUAUCAACUCGGUCAUAACGACCAUCGAAAAGAGGUUUGAAAUUCCCAGCAGUCUUUCAGGGCUGAUCGCGUCCUCUUACGAGAUCGGAAAUGUGAUCACGGUGAUCUUCGUGAGCUACCUCGGCUCGCGGCGUCACAUACCAGUCUGGAUCGGCAUUGGUGCGGUAAUCAUGGGCGUCGGAUCUUUGGUCUUCAUGGUGCCUCAUUUCACAGCCGAGCCACACGCAGGCAACGUUGCCAACAACUCGAGCUCGGACAACAUCUGCAAAACAGUUUCCAUCAGAGAGCAGGACAUGGUCUUAGGGAGAUUGUCUUCUGUUAAACUGGAUUUUGAAGGUCUUUCCGCUCCACCACUGGCACCUCAUAACAAUCUGAGGGAGAAUUGUAUCGAAGGGAGCCCGUCGACGGCAGGGCCGGUCAUGCUUUUCCUCUUGGCCCAGCUCCUCCUCGGCUGCGGUGGAUCUCCGCUUUUCACCCUGGGAACGACCUACAUUGACGACCAUGUCAAAUCAGAGAAUGCCUCACUUUACAUUGGCUGCAUGUAUUCAAUGGCAGCAUUUGGCCCCGUUCUGGGGUUCCUCCUUGGUGCUUAUUUGCUGUCAUUUCACAUGGAUGCUUUAUCGACAGUACGGCUGGAUAUAGAUCCUGGAGAUAGAAAUUGGGUUGGAAUGUGGUGGGGUGGAUUUCUCAUCUGUGGCCUUAUGCUCAUUAUCGUAGCAAUUCCAUUUUUUUCAUUUCCCAAGGUUUUAACUAGAGAAAAGGAAAGGAUUCGUCUAAUGGAGAAAAGUGGCCUGGCGACACCCAAGGAACAGCAGAAACCUACUGAUGUACAGGCCACUGUACCCCAGAGUAACAAUAAAGAUUCGGCAUAUGGCAAAGAUGUUAAAGAUAUCCCACGGUCGAUGUGGAGGCUUGUCUGUAACCCGAUUUAUGUUGUGACAUGCCUUGGAGCGUGCAUGGAGCUUGUCAUCGUGUCCGGGUUUGUCGUUUUUCUCCCGAAAUACCUCGAGACACAAUUCAGCUUGGGAAAAAGCCAAGCCAGUGUGUUCACCGGCUCGAUUGCUAUUCCCGGAGCGUGCAUCGGCAUUUUCAUGGGCGGAUGCCUCCUGAAGAGGCUGGAACUGCGACCGAAAGGCGCCGUGCAGUUUGUCCUCGUUUCCAAUACAAUUUGCCUUGCUUGUUACGCUCUCCUGUUUUUCCUGGGAUGCGACAAUGUCAAAAUGGCUGGCACGACGAUUCCCUACACUAACAGCUCAAGGGGUGAGCCGUUUCAAGUGAACCUUACAGCCGCUUGUAAUUUUGGCUGUGAAUGCCAUACCACAGAUGUUGAGCCAGUUUGUGGAAACAACGGCCUUACUUAUUUUAGUCCCUGUCAUGCUGGCUGUACAGCAUUAUCAUCGAGAUCAAAUUACACAAAUUGUGCAUGUAUACAUGGUAAUUUGAGCAGUAUAUCAGCACCACUGACGGAUUUUGCUGAGGUGACAGUGGUUCCUGUGGCAACAGCAGGGCCGUGUAGUUCACCAUGCCAUACUAUAUUUCCAUUCCUGAUUCUCUUAUUUUUUAUGACGUUUAUUGUUGCCGUCACACAGAUGCCUUUACUCAUGAUAGUACUCCGUUCUGUCAAUGCGGAAGAGCGUUCGUUCGCUCUAGGGAUGCAGUUUGUAAUAUUCAGACUUUUUGGCUACAUUCCAGCACCGAUUCUCUUUGGCAACCUUAUCGACUCCACUUGUCUUUUAUGGAAGUCGACGUGCGGAGAGAAAGGAGGACGAUGUUUACUAUAUGACAUCGAGCAAUUUAGAUACAAGUAUGUGGGAUUGUGCGCUGGUAUCAAAUUGCUUGCCCUCUCCCUCUUUCUAGUCGACUGGUGGCUUGUGAGACGGAGAACGCACCUUGACGAGUCCCAGCCAGUUAUAACCGUCACAGAUCUUGUCACAUCAGGAUCUAUUAUAAGUCUAGAUAAAUUGUUUGAGGAGAAAGCGCCAACACUUUCUGCCUCAAGCACACAGAGCGGUGAAAGGUCUCUGGAAGUUGAGGACACCGAGGCGCAGGUCAUCACAUAGGUCAUAAUCAGCCUCCCACCUUGUUUAACCGCAGAUGCUGCCAAUGUGUAAGAGUCAAUUUAAAGGAGGGAGAGCGUAUUUUAUUCAGCUAAUACAAUUAAAAAAAAAAAAAAGAUAUUUAUUUCUAAAGUGAUGAUAGGUUAUAAAAUAUGACUGUGAUUAGUAACUUUUAUUUUUUAAGUUGUUUGUAAUGUAUGAUGGAUAUUUGGGUGAAUGGUCGGUUGUUGUGAAUUUUUAUAACAAUGAUGUGUGCGUUAUAUUUUUGACUGUUUGUACUUAAUUUAAAUUGGAAGAGAUAUAUUUGACAAAUAAAUUGAAAACGGAUUCUUAAACCAUUGAAGAUAAUAAUAUAUUCAAAGCUAAUUAAUUGAGGAAUAAAAGGGUUGUGUACAGCAUUCACUUUUAUAUUAACACUUUGUAUAAUAAAUGUACGUCAAAUUAAAUUUAGAGGCAAAAGUUAUGUUUCUUAGAAAAUGAACAAAUAAAAUAACACUAAAUCAAAUAAGUGCACUUUGCACAGUGCCUUAUAAAACAUUAUUUGCAAGGUUGAAAACAAUAAAUAUCUCGAAAUACUUUCUUCUUCUAUUUUUUUCAUCUUUUUUCAAAAAAUGUUUUUUAAAUAAGUAUAAAAUAACUUACAAAAUGCACAGGUUUUUGUUAGCACAUGUUCAUAAAAGGAAGUAGUUUUGUAAGUAGAUCCAAGUGGCUUCCAAACUGAAAAGCUACAUUGUUUUUAGGCUUGCAACCAAUCUUAACCGAAUUAAAAAAAUUUAUUUAACGACAAUUACAGUUACUGUAUUUUUGUUUCUUUCUUGUUUCUCUAAUUUUUAAACGUGAAAUAAUUUAUUUAUACAUAUUUAAAGUAAGUAGUCAAUAGAUUAAUUGCAUAGGGCCUUAGCACUUACCAAUUGUAUAGUUUUAAUGUUUAGCGAUUUUUAUUUAUUUUGUAUAGAUUAAACUAAUUUAUAGACUGUUUAAUUUUACGUUGAAACAAUGUAGUUUCUAUGACUUAAUUGUUAGAUCGUUUAUGGUUUGUUAUAUUAUUUUUUAUAUUCGGAUAAAAAACAGACGUGAUCAAAACAAAUUCUGAUUAGAGAUUUGCUCGAAAAAAU